ACAAACUGAAUCUUAUUUCGUUCUACCAAAUUAUACAAAAUAAACGGUAUGUUUAAUUCCAACCAUCGUCCAGAAUUUUCAACUGUCCAGGUAGCCAGUAUACCGAUUAUGGCAAGACCAAUAUAAUAGAAAUCUUUCUUCAAAUAUUUCGUUUCCCAUUGAACUCCGAAGCUGAAAAUAACCAAAAAACUAGCGGGGUAUGCAUCGCGGCAUUCAAUAUCAAACAAGAGGUAAAAAAAUAAAUAUGCUGAACAUAAACAUGACUUAACUUGCCUUCCAGGAAAACGCAGGGAACAACGGAACAGAAAUAACCGUAAAUAAAUUGUGCAUUGCUGUUCUGCGUCACAGCAUCGAGCAUACUAGCUUAGCAUCUUUUGUGUCGCAGGCCGCAACCUAACAAUGAACAUAGGACAGAGUCAAGAGCUGAAGGACGACCAUGGAAGACUAAUUAUAAAGCAGGCGUCCUAUACCUAGUAUAUCGUGUUAACGGUGGAACGCCGCUAUAUUUCAAACCUAGCUUUAUUAAUUCCUUGAGAAAACUUCCCAUUUAAAAGUGAAAAAGUUUUGGCAUAACUUCGGGAAUUGGAGGAAAAUGUUACGAAGGAGCAAAAUUAAUAUCCUGAUGAGACAACUAAUACUUUGAAUACAAAUGUCUUAGUUUAGGCAACGACUUAGGAAUCACCCAAGUUACAUUCACCUUAUGAAAUUGUUUCCCAAUUCAGGUUGAUUUCAACAAUCACAGAAUGGACUAAAGGAAAAUUUAAAUUGCUUUCAUCUUUAAAUAUUUUGGAGUCAUAUUUAAUGUAAAUAGACGAGUAAAUAAAAGUAUCGAUGAUCCUAUACGCGGAAACAGAAAAACGAUCAUUUCCCUCGAUACCUAAACGUCUGCACUCCUCAACCAUGAAAUUCCUCGUGAUUAUGAUGGUUGCUGCAACAAUUCUAGAGACCGCCAAGGGGCAGAACGGCAAAAGCGAAGGCAGCGUACGGCCGACGUGUAGCGGGCCUCUACGUUGGGUACCGCUCAUCACCAAGAAGCCUUUCACGACCCUCAUGAACAGCGCUUACUGUCCGUCGUGGAUGACGAGGCAUCUCAUGAGCAAGCAAUCGCAGACCACUCAUCUCGCACUUCCGUUGAAGGUGCCGGUGGCGUUCUUCUGCGGCUUCUGCACCCACCCUACGAGCGUCGAAACUAACCUAACGCUGAGCCACAACAUCGCUGGAGUCCAACAAGACGUUGCUCAGGCUUCGGUGAAGUCGAGCACAGGUGAAGAGAAACACGAGUCACGAGGUCACCAUUGCAAAGUACAGUUCGCCGUGACAGGUCCCAUCACAGGGAGCUAUGGUUCACUGGAAUGCACAGUAAACUACGGUGUACGCACUCUUAAGGAAACUGCUACAUACACAGCUUAUGACGCAGAAAUCGUCACUACAGAAGAGAUAAUCGACGUACCGGGGAACACUGCCCUGUUGUCGUGCCCACCACACCCCGAUGAACCUACUGAAAGUAACCCACUCGUCCACGUGUGGUACUACCCACUUGCGACCGGCCCACGGGUAGCGGCACCUACUACCAACCCUAUGGUUACGUUCAGACUGGCGUUCGGAAAAGAGUUAGUUGUCUCGUGCGCGACGUACCAUUUACUCAGAGUGAGCUCCGUGGUCGUUAAGACCUAUAAAGUGAGCAUGAGCGAAAGCUACCAACUGCAAGGUGAUGCCAUAAUCAGUGUUGGCGACAGAAGGCGUGGUUGGGAUACAGAGAAAAGCUAUGGAGCUUACGGAGAUUCCGUAGAGAAUGAAGAUGCUAGGUACAGCACGGUGAGCGCAGCAGGGUUAGACCUGUCGAUGGUGGUGGUGGCCAUAGUUUCAGCAGUAGGAGCGGUACUGACAGUUUUCGCGGGUAUCGCAGUUAUCAGGUGUAUGCGACGUCGAAAUGACAGGGGGCUUCGCAGGUGAUCUCGAAAAUUUAAUAACGAAAAUGUCAUUUAUUGAAAGCGUUGACAUGCGGCACUGCCGUUUCGGUUUAAUGAGCGAUUUCUGUCAAAUGUUCAGGUUGAAUUCUGGGUUCAUGUCAAACGAUGUAAAAAAAGACGAAGCGUGAAGGAUUUCACCCUUAAUUUUCAUGGCCUCGAGGAACAUUACAACAAUGAAAUGAAGCCUGAACCAUAAUAUUCCUUCCAUCGUGUAGCUGUUAGCAGGAGAAGAAGCCUAGUCACCAAGUCUUCAUGUUUAUCUUAACCGUUCCAUUAGAACUGAAAUAUUGCUAUAUUCCGCAUAUCAUGGAAAGAAAGAUUGGUAAGUUGAAUUUAUUGACGCCAAAUUUGGGGCUGUAUCAUAUAAAUUAAGAUAACUUCAUUAAGAAGAUGUCGCCGAGAACUUUAUUUUUCUGUAUUGCGAGUUCCUUCAAUGCACUCGCGUUCCCAUCAAGCAAACUUUUAUAUUGUUGAGGCAUGAAUAAUGAUACACGUUUCUAACAUGUAUUCAUUCAUAACAUGAUUCUAAAUCUUGUAAAAAUCUGAUUCUCAUGGAACUUUAUCAAAAAAUUUAUGCAGAAUGUUCAAGUUAACCCUGAUGAUAAGGGUAAAGGAGGCAAUUAUGAAUCUAAGGAGUACAGUAAGAAUAAAGUUAAGGUGUAAUAUAAGUGUGUAAAAAUGUAUAUACCUGCGGCGAGCUAACGAUUUUCCCAUUGAUUAAUAAACUAAUAGAAACAAA